AUGCCCUUCUUCUCCCGCAACCCGGCCUUCCAAAUCUUCUACCUGGACGAGGGCCCAAAGGACGCCGCCGCGACGAUCCUCCUCGUCCCGGGCCUCUCCUGCGACAUGCACGACUACAGCUGGCAGGUCCCCUUCCUCCUCUCCCACGACCUCCGCGUCAUCUCUUUCGACCCCCGCGGUCAGGGCCGCUCCUCCGCCCCGGCCCCCACAUCGCCCCACCGCCUGCCGCCCUCCUCCUGGCCCGGCCCCGACCGCUCCGCCGACCCGGCCGUGAUCGACUACUACGCGCAGUCCACCGCGCUCGACGUCAUCGCGCUCCUCAAGGACCUCGGCAUCACCAAAAACCUCGUCGUCAUGGCUCAUUCGCUAGGCGACGCGACGGGGUACUUCAUCGCGACGGCCCUCCCGGACGUCGUCGUCGCCUCCAUCGCCCUCGACCCGAUCCACGCCUUCCCCAACUCCGCCCGCGACGAGACGGAGUUCUUCUUCGACCAGGACCCUUCCGAGGUCAUCCCGGCGCUCGUCGAUCACUUCAAGACGAACCAGUACAGCCCCGCGUGUCCCGAGUGGCAAAAGACGUGGCACCUGCGCCGGAUGCGGCAGCUCGACGACAAAGUCGCCUUCGCGCUGUGCUGGGGCGGCUGGGGCGACAAGGUCGACUCGCUGGGGCGGCGCGAGACGUCGGCGGCUGCGUUUGGCGGGCGGUUGAAGUGCCCGCGACUCACCUUCGGGUCGACGGAUUGGUACGUCGAGACGGACAGGGCGCACAUGCCCAAGGGCGAUGAGAAGCUAGACGAGAUCGUGAUGAUGACGGGCAAGGGUCAUUGGUUUCAUCAGCUUGAGAGCGAGGAGUUCAACGCGCACUUGGAGAGGUGGUUGAGCAAAGUCGGCGUGCUGUCGGGUAAGACUGCCGCGUAA